AUGGAGAGAAGCUUCAGGCGAGAGCGCGCUACGGAUAGCAAAGCGGCUUCAACAAUCACGGAAGAAACUGGCGGGUCGACUCAGGAGAACGAGCCUGUCUCGAAGAGUAGGAACAUACGUUCGUGUUACAGAGCACUCGAAAAUCGCAUCAAUGAGGGAAAAGAUGAUUUGGCCAGUGGGGAUUCAGAAAAUUUCAUGACCAUUAUGAAAGAAGUGGAAAAUAUUCACCAACAUGUGAAAAAGCCUCGAGAGCAAGUAGCAGAUGCAGAAACUUUGCUUGGGCUUACGAGGAACUUGGCAGCCUGUGUUAGAACACAUACUAGUGGUGGUGUCACUCCAGCUGAGUUUAUUUCCGGUUUGAUCAGAAAAUUUGAGCAGCAAAAUUCUACAAAGUGGGCUUCGGAGAAUUCGCAAUGUAUAUCAUGGCAAACUAUUGGCCGUUUGGUGUCACCUGUUUUCAUGAAUGGAUCGGGGUGCAAAACAAUGAAUGGACCUAUGAGAAAUACGCUUAAGCCAAGGAAGUUGACGGUUCGUGCAAGACGAUCGAGGCCAGUAGGGAAAGCUCAUCCUAAAGAGCUUGAGAAAGAUGCUGAGGUGGUGACUGACACAGACAAAAACCUGCGAGUGAUGUUUGAGAUACUAAAGAAAAACAAAAAAGUUAAUGUCGAAAAUCUGAUCUUGAACCGAACUUCCUUUGCUCAGACGGUGGAGAACUUAUUUGCACUAUCUUUCUUGGUGAAAGAUGGAAGGGUCCGUGUGGAUGUGGAUGAAUCUGGUUCUCAACUUAUUGUCCCAACCAAUGGUCCAAGUGCCGAAGAUAUCAAGAAUCGAGUCGUUGAAAACCACCAAUUCAUCUUUAGGUUUGAUUUCAAUGAUUGGAAGCUAAUGAAGACUACGGUGAAGGAGGGAAAUGAACUUAUGCCACAAAGGGACACAUUUGAUAAUGCGACCAAUGCUAAAGCAAAAACCGAACCGUGCAAACAAGAGCCUCCCAUACCAGAAGGAGUACCGUUCUAUUCUUGUUCUGUUCGCACAGCGCCUGUUAAGAAGUUCUCAAAGAACAAUGGGCUCACAAUGGGGGGUUCUUUUCUGUUUGGAAUUGAUGAGGGCAUAAUUGGAAAUUGGAACUGCAAGCGCAAGAGAACGGUUUUGUAA